UGGUCCGAGGCGACGUCUGUCAGCGCGCGCAGGCCUGGCGCGGCCUGCGCGGAGCAGCGGGAGGCCAUUGUGGCUGGGGCGGCCCUGCGAGGCGGAGGCGGCGGCCGCGGAGGAGGAGGAGGAGGAGGAGGUGGCUGCGGUGGUGGUGGCGGCGGUAGCUGCCGCCGCGGCCCGUCCCGCUGGAGCCCGCUGAGGGACGCGACGAUCUUGAAACCUGUACCAGGUCCUUGAGAGAGAAAACUACAUGACACUACACCAUGAGUGACAGUAAAUGUGAUAGUCAGUUUUACAGUGUUCAAGUUGCAGAUUCAACGUUCACUGUACUAAAACGUUAUCAGCAAUUGAAGCCCAUAGGAUCAGGGGCACAGGGCAUUGUUUGUGCUGCGUUUGAUACAGUCCUUGGAAUAAAUGUUGCUGUAAAGAAGUUGAGUCGUCCUUUUCAGAAUCAAACCCAUGCAAAAAGAGCUUACAGAGAGCUUGUUCUUUUAAAAUGUGUCAACCACAAAAAUAUAAUUAGUUUAUUAAAUGUAUUUACACCACAGAAGUCACUAGAAGAGUUUCAGGAUGUAUAUUUGGUUAUGGAGCUGAUGGAUGCCAAUUUGUGCCAGGUUAUUCAUAUGGAAUUGGAUCAUGAAAGAAUGUCCUAUCUUCUUUACCAGAUGCUAUGUGGUAUCAAACAUCUUCACUCAGCUGGUAUCAUCCACAGAGAUUUGAAACCCAGCAACAUAGUAGUAAAAUCAGAUUGUACACUCAAAAUCCUUGAUUUUGGACUGGCAAGAACAGCGUGUACUAAUUUUAUGAUGACUCCAUAUGUAGUAACGCGGUAUUACAGAGCACCAGAGGUUAUCCUUGGAAUGGGCUAUAAAGAAAAUGUUGAUAUCUGGUCAGUUGGGUGCAUCAUGGGAGAAUUGGUGAAAGGUUGUGUGAUUUUCCAAGGCACUGAUCAUAUUGAUCAGUGGAAUAAAGUUAUUGAACAAUUAGGAACACCGUCAGCGGACUUCAUGAAGAAACUACAGCCUACGGUGAGGAAUUAUGUAGAAAACAGGCCCAAAUAUCCUGGUAUUAAAUUUGAAGAGCUCUUCCCAGACUGGAUAUUUCCAUCAGAAUCUGAUCGUGACAAGUUAAAAACCAGCCAAGCUAGAGAUUUAUUAUCAAAAAUGCUUGUAGUAGAUCCAGACAAGAGAAUUUCUGUAGAUGAAGCCUUACGUCAUCCUUAUAUUACUGUCUGGUAUGACCCAGCUGAAGCAGAAGCUCCUCCACCCCAAAUCUAUGAUGCACAAUUGGAAGAAAGAGAACAUGCAAUUGAAGAAUGGAAAGAGUUAAUAUACAAAGAAGUAAUGGAUUGGGAAGAAAGGAGCAAGAAUGGUGUGGUAAAAGAUCAGCCCUCAGAUGCAGCAGUGAAUAGCAACACCAGUCCUUCCCAGUCAUCAUCUAUCAAUGACAUUUCAUCCAUGUCAACAGAGCAAACAUUGGCUUCAGAUACAGACAGCAGCCUCGAUGCCUUGACAGGACCCCUUGAAGGAUGCCGAUGAUCAGCCAGGAUUGCAGACUUAACUUUGGAAAAAGAACUCUCGCUUCCAUUGGGCCUGAAUUGCUUGUAAGUUAAUGGAACAAAACUAGAAAAACUCCAUGUUCUGCAUGUUCUACUGAAAUAAUGCCUGUUUUUAUUUUCACUCAGUUGUUAUGAAACUGCCUGCUUAAUGUUGUAGAACUUAAAAGUAAAUCAAUGUCUAAGGAACAACAAAAAAAUUAAAUUUAGACACUAUAAUAGGCUUUUCUUUUGUUUCAGCCUAUUUCAGGUGAGCAGUUAUAAUAGACUUUUAACCAAUAACUUCUCUUAAAUGGGUUCAUGAAUCUUCAGUACCAACUGGCAGGCUUUUGUGACAUCAAUGGUUGUUUACAUUUUAGUACAGUAUUGCUCAUUAGUAGGUUUUUUGAAUGUAUAGUGUCUAUGAAGUUUGUUUUAACGUGUGACUAUGGCAGUUUGCUUUAUUUAACUACUGGAGUGUUGUGUGUAAGUCUUAAUUCACAUAUUGAGCACUCAGUACCAUAUUUAAAGGGCAGUUAUUUUUACGUAUAGCACUUUUUUAUUGAGCCCUUUCUAUCUUCACUUCCUAAUAAUACUGUCUAUCUUCUUGUAGAAGAGAAAAUUGUGAAGUUUAAAGAAUGUAGCCAUCCCUUCAUAUUUCACCAAUGAAUAUGUCUCUGAUGUUCUUUUCAGUUAUUUAAACUGAAGCGGAUGGAAGAUACACAGUGGCUUAGUUCAAUCUUAAGGAUGAGUGACUUCUCUGUGAAGUUGUGCCUGUUAAAAGAGGGGAGAGUGCUAAAUUGUUCUGUACAUUCUGUCUUGCAAUACUGGUCCUUUAACAAAAACAAACAGAAAAGGAAAUUAUAUCUGUGCUCUUCAUUCAGUGCAAACUCUGAUAAAAGGACAGGUGAAUUGGAGAGACUUGCAGCCUAAGUGGCCUGAAAAAGAGCUGCAUAAAUGUUUUCCAUUUUUUAAUGGGUCCAUUCUAUCUAGAGAGUAAUUAAGGAAACAAAUGUAGUAGCUUUAAGUCAUUUGACAAUUAAGUUUAAGUAUUUACUUAAUUGAAUUUAGUUCUAUUCCCAAAUUAGGAAAACCUCUCUAUUUCCUACUGGAGAGGAAAAAAUAAUAUAUUUAAUACAUAUAUAUUUUCUGUGUCAGAGGGGAGGAGCUUAUUUGCUGUUUCAAUACAGGCUUGUCAAUGCAGUUUUCAGAAUCGUAUAAUACAAACACUGCCUGCACAGUAUGUUGAAUUCUUAGCAAAUGUUUGCAGUAGAGUAGGGCUUAAAUUACCAGAUGCUACACACUUGUGAAUUUGUGCACAUUCACUUUAGAGUGCACAGGUGUGUAAAAUUUUGCUAAAGGAUCUUGUGUGCAUGUGUGUAUGAUUAAACUAUAUAACUAUAAUAGUAAUAGAUGUCCAAGAUGAGGUAAAACACCACUUUCCUAAAGGCAUUGUAUUUAGCUGUUGAUUCAGAUACUGCUGACUUGAAUUAAAAAGAGCACUUACAAAAUAUACUUGUGCAGCUAGCCACUGCGUUACUGACAUGUCUAGUAUGUUCUUGUAAAAGACAAGUGUCCCUUGUUUCUGACCUUAAGAUUUGAAAAGCAGUAACUUUAUGCCAAAAUUGUUUUUGUUAAAUUGUAUCGAUGUGUUUUUAAAUAGCUUAAUUUGGUGUAGCAAAAAUAUUUCACUGUCCCAGAAAAGGAAAAUUCAAUGUAGUACUGAAGAUGUUAACUUCAGAAUUUUCAUCUGGAAUUAUGAACUUUUUAUUUAAAAAAAAAAAAAAAGUUUUAUUUAAUUGUAGGAUAUUGAGGGCUUUUUUUUGUUGUUGUUUUUGUUUUAAACCUAUGGAUGCCUUAGUUUCUUUGAAUACUGAUGGUACAUUUUUAUUCUGUUUUUGUUACUGGAAAAAAAUAAAUCUAAAAUACCUUUUACCAUAUAGCAAUACAGUACAGGUUGCUAUUCUUUUUUUCUUCUUUUCUUUUUAAUCCUUGUUGUUUGUGCCAGUUAAAACUAUUAAAGACACCUUUUCAAAA